UCCCUUGACCCAUUGCGGUCUUUACGUCGUUGUGCGUCAACUCCUCAGUCCCCCCACCGCCACUGUUCUACAGAGGAAGAAAGGGGGAGACGGGAAACCUAUACUGAACGCUGUUCACACAAAUAUGAGCGGCAGCGGGCGGGCCAGGACCAGCUCAUUCGCUGAGCCUCCCGGAGCUCCCGGAUCUGCUGCGGCCGGUGCCGUGUCGGCGGUGGCUGGCGGAAGCGCGACAGGAAAAACUGGGGCUUCACAAGCUAGUGGAAGCGGCUCGACGAGCUUUGGAAAUUUGAAGCUGCCCAGAGACAGCGGCAAAGUGACGACGGUGGUAGCCACCCCCGGCCAGGGCCCUGACCGCCCGCAGGAAGUGUCCUACACAGACAUAAAGGUCAUAGGAAAUGGCUCCUUUGGAGUGGUCUACCAGGCUCGCCUCAUCGACACUCAGGAGAUGGUGGCGAUUAAGAAAGUUCUCCAAGACAAAAGAUUUAAGAAUAGGGAGCUGCAGAUUAUGAGGAAGUUGGACCACUGCAACAUUGUGAGGCUACGCUACUUCUUCUACUCGAGUGGAGAGAAGAAAGACGAGGUGUAUUUGAAUCUUGUGCUGGAUUUCGUGCCGGAGACGGUGUACAGGGUGGCCCGGCACUUCAACAAGGCCAAGGCCAUCGUCCCCAUCAUCUAUGUUAAGGUGUACAUGUACCAGCUGUUCCGCAGCCUGGCUUAUAUCCAUUCCCAGGGCGUUUGUCACAGAGACAUAAAGCCUCAGAACCUCCUGGUUGACCCAGAGACAGCCAUCCUCAAACUUUGCGACUUCGGCAGUGCAAAGCAGCUAGUUCGAGGGGAGCCCAACGUGUCCUACAUUUGCUCACGGUACUACCGUGCCCCAGAGCUCAUAUUUGGCGCCACCGACUACACGUCCAACAUCGACAUCUGGUCGGCCGGCUGCGUGUUAGCUGAGCUGCUUCUGGGCCAGCCCAUCUUCCCCGGGGACAGUGGAGUGGACCAGCUAGUAGAGAUCAUUAAGGUUUUGGGGACACCGACAAGGGAGCAGAUCCGGGAGAUGAACCCUAACUACACAGAGUUUAAAUUCCCACAGAUCAAAGCACAUCCCUGGACAAAGGUGUUUAAGCCUCGCACCCCACCAGAGGCCAUCGCCCUCUGCUCCCGCCUGCUGGAAUACACGCCAGUUUCCAGACUGUCUCCUCUGGAAGCGUGUGCGCACGCCUUCUUCGACGAGCUGCGUCAGCCCAACACCCGCCUGCCCAGCGGACGGGAACUGCCGCCCCUUUUCAACUUCAGUCCUGUUGAGCUGUCCAUUCAGCCCCAGUUGAACUCCACACUCAUUCCUCCUCACGCUCGUGCACAGACAUCGCCCGCCUCACACGAGGGCAGCGUGUCAGACAGUACCGCCCAGCCCAGCUCAGCACCCGGAUCCAUCAACAACAGCACCUGAGCGUCCAUCCCCUCCUGACACCAUCUUCUGUUUUCGUCUUCCCCGUUUUCCUCCUCCUCCUCCUCCUCUCCUCUGCUCCUCUUCCUCUAAAGCUUCCAGGCUCCGACCUUUUUAAAAGAGAGAAAAAAAAAAAAGAUAACCAAACUCACUCGACUUAAAACGCUCUGCAUUUGUAUCUUUUCCAAAACUAUUCCAGUAGAAAGCUGCCACUGCAGCUGCUUGCUUUAGGAAGCGGUGGGGAUGUUUUAACGACGUUUUUUAGAGCUGCAGCUGGGUUUAACAGGAGCUGCGGCGCCGCGGCCAGGUGGGCCGCUCCGCGCUAACGUUGGUAGGAUAAGGAGAAGUCCUCUACACACUGCGGGGUUUCUGUGUUAAGAUCAACAGCUGACUUUUAUUCCUUCUAUUUUUAAAAAAAAAAAUGGAUUUAAUUUGCAUUAGCCUGUUUUAGAAGUGGCUGUGAUGCCACUGAUUUGACUUUUUUGAUUGGCUUUGGAGUUGAGGCGGCAGAGGAUUAUUUACAGCCUGACUGAUUUUUGACAAUCAUCCGAACCAGAGCCCAGUGUUUAGAGAAGACGCUCUUCUGUUCCUGAACUCAAAUGUCCAAGAAUCAUUUUUAACAAACUGGUGUCUCACCGGGGGGAACCUUUUUAGACGACAUCAGGUUUUAAAUUAUAAUACCAAAACGGAGCAUCGCAGCUGUUGUUUACCGUUUGUUUUUUGCGCAUUAGCUCUUUAAACUGCCUUUUUUUUUUUUUUUUUUUUUUUCUGCGACCAGGAGGAAGCUUGUGAUAGGACGGCGCUUCAGUUUUGACAUUAUAAGCUCUGUUUGUGAAGCUGGAGAGUCCAGCGUUUGGUGUUGAUUCUCAGUAAGUGUUGCACAUCUCCAGAAGGGAGCGGAGGGAAGCGAAAAAGGGGGCCAGCUGUAACGUCACGCCUCUGGUUCCGGGACUCCAGCCGCAUCUGAAACUUAUAAGUCUGGAUGUCCCCCAACGCGUCUCGGCGGUCUCGUAAAGCACAGCGCCGCAUAAAUUAUGUUGCUGGGCAUAGGUUGCGUUUCGUAUCGGCUCGAUUAUGUUGAGACUGACUCCAGGUGCAGGGCCGGUUGUUUUAGGGCGGCCCGCUCGUAUGUUGCUCUAUGAAUGCAUUACAAAGCUAACAGUCUGCUGUCAGUACAAGAUGGGUUUCUUUCUUCCAAAAAAAAAAAAAAAUAAAAGUAAAAAAAAAAAAAAAAAGCCAAACACAGAUGUGCAUGUUCAGUUCUAGCUGACCCGACUGAUAUCUGUUAUAAUCGGACCAGAUAUUAUGCUGAAGCCCGUAAAAAGCCUGACAGCUUUCGGAGCCCCCCCCCCACCCACCCUUCCAUUCCUCUGCCUCCCGUUUUCCCCCUUUCUUUUUUUUUUCACAGCUGAACUGUAAAUAUAUCAAGUACCUUUUAUUUUGUUUUUUUUUUUUUGUUUUGUUAUUAUUGUUAUUAUAUUGUCGUUCUUGUAAUUUUCUUUUCUUUUCUGUAGUAGACCGGCCCAGCAGCAGCAGCAGCCGGACUUUAUCCUCAGUCACAGUCUGUAAAUACAGUUUCAUUUCAGUCCCUCGUUCAGAAAGGGGAGAAAAAAGAAAAAAAAAAAACGAACAAAAUGUUUCAUUUUUAUUCUCUCUUCCUCCAUUCCUCACCUCAACUUUCCCUUGUCCUCCAUUAAUGUUGUCAUGACUGUUUUAUUUAUUGUAUUGUGGUUUUUAGCGGAGGGUUGGGGGUCUUUCUCAUUUUUUUUUUUUUUUUUUUUUCUUUAUUUUUUUUUAAAUCCAAGUAAGUCCUGUCAGAUGCAAACUGAUUUCACAUCCAAGAUACUGUACGGAUUUAAUGGGUCCUGUAUGUACGCAGGUGCACAUGCGAACCAAUUCAUGGAGCUCUGGUUUUUCAUUAAACUUCAAUGUGAAGGGAAUGUUACAAGCCUCUGUGUACGUGGGGCCCGUGUGUGUUUGUGUGUGUGUGUGUGUUUAGAGAGUGGAUGUGGGCACUGAUCACGUGUGUGUGUGUGUUUGGAGGAAAAGGGGAAAAAGGAAUUGAUCUAGAUGACCUAUAUCAUCUCCUUUGUCUGACUGUGAGCUGUUUUUGCUUUCUGCGCGUCGUAUGCGUGUCAAAGGUCUGUCCCGUCAGGCCUGUUUGUGAUCUUCACAGAUGGAAAGUUUGAGCAGGGACUGUAUGUUUAUGUAUGUGUGCGCUGGCUGACCAUGAACCCUCUCCUACAUGAAGAGCUAGCUAAUCAUGCACCACCACCCCGCCUCCCCCCCUCACCCCCCCCCCACCCCUUCCUUGUGGUGACCCUUUUAUCGCCCUUUUUUGAGAGGGUAAAAUGUCAUUAUGUGAGCACAGUGCAGUUUGAUAAAGGAGAUGAUGAAAAGUGAGGGAUGAACGGAGAGAGACAGUUUUUGUUUGUUGGUAUAAAUAAUUAAACUCAUUAAUAAAGUGAUGAAACUGU